AAGCCUGCAAACUCUAACAGAACCGGUACGGAGCGAUGUAUAAAUAACCCAGCAUGCAAACUGUCCUUUGUUUCUAGAAAUGAAAAUCUAUUCGGCUGAAGCGCAGGGAUCACUGCAGACAGCGCAGCUGAUAAAUCAGCCAUUUCUAAAGGCAGACCUACCCCUCGGUGUCAAAGCCGAUCACGGCUCCUCUCAGCUCAGACUCUGCUAUCACCGUCUCUUCCGAUCUUCGAUGAAUCCACUUUUAUUUAACAGCGGUGUCAGCACGUCAAGCUUACAAAUGAUUUUUAAAAUUCUGCAUGUAUUUAGUUUAGUUAAAUCGCAAACAUUUUCGUUUUAGGGACAAAAAAACUUCCAUUUAUGCAAGCAUGAAUUUGGUGAUUUACUAUGGAUAAAGCGCCUUUGGGACAUGGGUUGUAGCUCAGCUUACUCAAGAAGACUAACUUUUCCUUUCGCUCCGGUGGUAGGGCUUGGAUGCAUUUUUAUUUUUCAUCAGUUUUCUGCAAAGGCUGUGGAACUGAAGGAUGUGGUACAAAUAACACCCUUUAAACACUGAAUCGGAAAAUGCAGAAAAGUGUGCGGUACAAUGAAGGGCAUGCUCUUUAUCUCUCCGUGCUUGCGCGCAAGGAGGGCACCAAACGAGGCUAUCUCUGCAAGAAGACCACGGAUAACAGUCGAUGGCACGAUAAAUAUUUCGCAUUGCAUCAAAAUCUUUUAUUUUAUUUCGAAAACGACCAGAGCACUCGACCAUCUGGGAUUUAUUUGUUAGAGGGAUGUACUUGCGAGCGCGUGCCCGCGCCGAAAGUCUCCGCUAUAGGCAAAGAGACUCUGGACAAGCAGUACUACUUCCUGGUUAUGUUUGGCCAUGAUGGCCAGAAGCCUCUGGAGCUGCGAACGGAGGAGGAGCUGGACUGCGACGACUGGGUGGAUGCCAUCCAGCAAGCCAGCUACUCUGACAUCAUCAUUGAGCGUGAGGUGCUGAUGCAGAAGUACAUCCACCUGGUGCAGAUCGUGGAGACAGAAAAGGUGGCAGCCAAUCAGCUUCGCCACCAACUGGAGGACCAGGACACUGAGAUUGAGAGACUUAAGGCAGAGAUUGUCGCCCUAAAUAAGACAAAGGAGAGGAUGAAGCCGUACCAGGUCAAUCAGGAGGAGGAUGAUCCAGAUAUUAAGAAGAUUAAAAAGGUGCAGAGCUUCAUGCGUGGCUGGCUGUGCAGGCGGAAGUGGAAGAUCAUUGUUCAGGAUUAUAUAUGCUCUCCCCAUGCAGAGAGCAUGAGGAAGAGGAACCAGAUCGUCUUCAACAUGGUGGAGGCUGAGACAGAAUAUGUCCUGCAGCUCUCCAUACUGGUCAAUUGUUUCCUGCGACCAUUACGUAUGGCUGCCAGUUCCAAGAAGCCUCCCAUUAGCCAUGAUGAUGUGAGCAGCAUCUUCCUCAACAGUGAGACAAUCAUGUUUUUGCAUGAGAUUUUCCACCAAGGCUUGAAGGCAAGGAUAGCCAACUGGCCGACAUUAGUUUUAGCUGACCUCUUCGACAUCUUGCUGCCAAUGCUGAAUAUCUACCAGGAGUUUGUGCGCAACCACCAAUAUAGCCUGCAAGUUCUAGCUAAUUGCAAGCAGAACCGCGACUUCGACAAGCUGCUGAAGCAGUAUGAAGCCAAUGCUGCCUGCGAGAGCAGGAUGCUGGAGACCUUCCUCACCUACCCCAUGUUCCAGAUCCCUCGCUACAUCAUCACGCUCCACGAGCUGCUGGCCCACACACCCCAUGAUCACGUGGAGCGCAUGAGUCUGGAGUUUGCCAAAUCCAAGCUGGAGGAGCUAUCACGGGUGAUGCACGACGAAGUUAGCGACACUGAGAAUAUCCGCAAGAAUCUGGCCAUCGAGCGCAUGAUCGUAGAGGGCUGCGACAUCCUGCUGGACACCAGCCAGACGUUCGUCCGCCAAGGCUCGCUGAUCCAGCUUCCCUCGGUAGAACGGGGAAAGCUUAGCAAAGUGCGCCUCGGCUCACUCACCCAGAAAAAGGAGGCAGAGAGGCAGUGCUUCCUGUUCACCAAGCAUUUCCUCAUCUGCACUCGCAGCUCAGGGGGCAAGCUACACCUGCUGAAGCAAGGCGGGGCUCUGUCUCUCAUCGACUGCACGCUCAUUGAGGAGCCUGAUGCCAGUGAUGAGGAACCCAACUCCACGGGGCAGGUGUUCUGCCACCUAGAGUUCAAGAUCGUGGUGGAGACGCCGGAUGGCCUUGCCUUCACGGUGGUCCUGCUGGCUCCGUCUCGUCAGGAGAAGGCGGCUUGGACCAGCGACAUCAGCCAGUGCAUCGACAACAUCCGGUGCAAUGGCCUGAUGACUAGUGUGUUUGAGGAGAAUUCCAAGGUCCCAGUACCUCACAUGAUCAGAUCCGAUGCGCGUCUCCAUAAAGAUGAUGUUGACAUUUGCUUCAGCAAGACGCUCAACUCCUGCAAGGUUCCCCAGAUCCGCUACGCCAGCGUGGAGCGCCUACUCGAGAGGCUGACCGACCUCCGCUUCCUCUCCAUCGACUUCCUCAACACUUUCCUGCACACGUACCGCAUCUUCACUGCUGCCGCUGUGGUCAUGGAUAAGCUGGCAGACAUCUACAAAAAGCCCUUCACGUCCAUCCCAGUCAGGUCCCUGGAACUCUUCUUCGCCACCAGUCAGAGUGGGAGGAGUGGGGAGCUGCAGAACGACAAGUCCCCCCACCUGUGUCGGAAGUUCUCGUCGCCCCCGCCCCUCUCCAUCCCCCCCCGCGCCGUGUCCCCGGUCCAUGCUCGCAAACUGUCGCUCAGCUCUCCGGUGGGGGCCAAGACGGGGGCGCUGGACCUGUCCACCUCCACCCCCGCCUCCAGCGCCAGCAGUCCCACGUCGGCCCAGCCAUCGGACACUUCGUCUCCCCCAGCUGGCACCAAGGUCCCCUUGGACCUGAGCCGGGGACCCCCCUCACCCGAGCAUGGCCCCGUCACCCUGGAAGAGGGUGGAGAGGUUCCCCGCAUUGAUGCGCCCGGGGGUAAACUGCGCUGGAACAUUCGCAGGAGUCACCAUCAGGGUUCUUCAUCUGGAGGUAUCACCACACGUACGUUCCAAAGAAAAGCACUAUGUGGACAUCGGCACAGGAACUUGUCUACGAUUUUCGCCCCCACACAGAAUGGCAUCUUUGUGGUCUCUUGUGGUCCUGAGGAAACACAAAGACUAAGACUAACGGUGCUAGAGUCUGUGUCAAUGGACAAGUUCAUCCCAGAGACACCCCCAGUGAAUGAGCCAGGAGACAUGUCCCCAUGCCGAUCGCCUUCCACCCCCCGCCACCUCGCUCGCUACAGACAGCCUGGAGUCCAAUCAGCUGAGAGCCCCCGCUUCUCUGUGUCCCCCACCUCAGCUUUUGCCAUUGCCACAGCCGCAGCUGGCCACAGCAGCCCCCCCGGUUUCACAAACUCUGAGAGAACAUGUGAUAAAGACUUCAUCAUCCGCAGAGCUGCGACCAACCGGGUCCUGAACGUCCUCCGUCACUGGGUCUCUAAACACUCGCAGGACUUUGAGAUGAAUUGUGAUUUAAAGAUGUCUGUCAUCUGCCUACUGGAAGAGGUGUUGCGUGAUCCAGACCUGUUGCCUCAGGAGAGGAAAGCGACAGCAAACAUUUUAAGCGUCCUUUCACAAGAUGACCAGGAAGACACACAACUGAGGAUAGAGGACAUUCUGCAGAUUGCUGAAAGUCCCAAGACUGAGUGCUUUGAAUCGCUCUCAGCUAUGGAGCUAGCAGAACAGAUCACCCUGCUAGACCACAUCGUCUUCCGGAGCAUUCCGUAUGAGGAAUUUUUUGGCCAAGGGUGGAUGAAGGUAGAUAAGACUGAAAGGACACCCUACAUCAUGAAGACCAGCCAACACUUUAAUGAGAUGAGUAACCUGGUGGCAUCUCAGAUCAUGACCCAUACAGAUGUGGGCUCCAGGGCUAACUCCAUUGAGAAGUGGGUAGCAGUAGCUGACAUUUGCCGCUGCCUACACAAUUACAAUGGCGUGCUGGAGAUCACCUCUGCCCUCAACCGCAGCGCCAUCUACAGGCUGAAAAAGACAUGGGCCAAGGUCUGCAAGCAGACGAAAGCCCUGAUGGACAAGUUGCAAAAGAUAGUCUCAUCCGAAGGAAGAUUUAAAAACUUGCGGGAAACACUGAAAAACUGUAACCCGCCCUGCGUCCCCUACCUGGGCAUGUAUCUGACCGACCUGGCCUUCAUUGAAGAGGGAACACCCAACUUUACAGAAGAGGGUCUGGUCAACUUCUCUAAGAUGAGAAUGAUCUCACACAUCAUCCGCGAGAUCCGCCAGUUCCAACAGACUCCCUACAGGAUUGAACACCAGCCCAAGGUUACACAAUACUUGCUGGACAAGACCCUAGUAAUGGAUGAGGACACACUGUACGACCUCUCCCUGAAGAUUGAGCCACGACUCCCAGCUUGAAGCUUGUCCUUUGGCACAGUGAACAGGACGGCUAUAGCAGCCAGAAAACACAUGCCAGGCAGGCUGAGAGGCAAAGGAGAACAGAACUCUUGUAUGGCAGAGAGAGCAGAUUAGCAGAGAGAGACAGGAAACAGGAGAAAGUGGUCAGAGGAGGGGUGUCACGGCUUCAGAUGCAGUGCGGUCGCUACAUUCUCAGCAAGCAGAAUAUGAGAAGCUAGAGGCACAAAACAAGAGCAGGAGAUAGAAACGCUUCUCUAUUUUGAAGAGAAAAGGGGAAGUACUGGGGAACGUAGCAUGUACAUAAAUGUCAUUGCGUCAUCUGGCUUUUCUCUCCCCUCUUUGUGGUAGAAUGAAUGCCUCACAUCGCCAUUUUACGGAAAAAUAAGCUGUAUUCUAGGUGUGCUCUGUUGGCAAGAAUGACUUUAUAUGUCUGUAAUGUGUUUGUUAGCCUGUUUUGUUUUUAUUUCAGUCUCAGUUACAGUUUGGGGCGAGUAGACUGGUGCCAUAUGUGAACCCUUCAUCUUUCAUAUCUUAGACAAAUUGUCUCUAUCUGCAGUACUCAGAAUAGUGCACAGAACUCCAGUAUUUGAAGAGGAUCACCUAAGUGAAAGGCUUGUGCAAAAUUUUUUAUUAUUUUUUUUUAAUAUUUUGCGCAACAGUGUCAACAAGUGAAUCUGUUAUCCUGUACAACCUUAAACAGCUAUACAUGCAGUUUAUUUCAUUGCUAUAGAUAAUGCUUGUCUCCCAUCUUUUUGAGGAUUUCAUUCCCAUUCCAGCAGCCAUAUUGUUUCAUUUGCUGAUCUGUAGAUACUCGUGAAUGAGUGACUCACUUCAGGUUCCCGUUCUUGAGGUUUACGAUCUGACUGAUCCACAGUAAAACAUUAGAUUGCUUCUUUUUAAUCCAUUCAUUGUUGCAGCGUCUGGGAUUAUUUGUGUACUGUGUUUCAUUUAAUUAACAGUGACUUGUUAGCUAGGCAGCACAGUGGCUAGAUCUGCAACCUCACAGAGUUGUGGGUCCAGUUCGCUCCUCCAGCUCUGUGCAUGUUGAGCUUGCAUGGUCUCUUUGCAUCAUCUGGCCUCUUCUGUGGAACAUGCAGCUGGGUAAAUUAUUGUCUCUAAAUUGCCAGUUGUAUAUGAUUGUGUGCCCAGUGAUGGACGGGUGCCCAUCUAGGCCGUUAACUGUGUCAUGAGCUUGAGGAUUGUCGCAACAUUGCUCUGGAUAAUCAUUUAUGCAAGAUUAAUAAUUUAUUAGCUCUUUGAUUUUACACACAUUUAUCCAUCUGGUUAUUUAAUGAAGCUUUCCCAAUUAAAGAACCUUUUCCCUCCUGGAAUCAUAAAUGAAACCCUUUGCUCAUAAAUCCAGCAGGACCUAACACUAGAUCUAAUCCAAACUGAAGACAUUUUUCUGGUGCAGUUUAUAAUUGAUUUUUAUUUAAAAAGAUAAGAGAAAUAAAGAUUGUAAAAUAGUGACAUUUGAAGCCAGUAUUUCUAAAAGAGAUGCUUAAUUAUUAGUUAAUUAGAAGCCUGUGAUUUGCAUAUUACUCAGUGUGAAGUGAGACGGUAUUGACUUAUAGUGGUUAAUAAUAAUCAUCUGCUUCAGCAACAAAAUAUGACGUUAUAGCCAAUAAACCUUACUGACGAAAUAGUUAUGGUUAAACUGCUUUACGGUGUUUCAUCUAAUUAAAACAAUUUCAUACCUGUUCUGCUGCAAUGCCACAUUCGAAGUUCUGUGUAAUUGAACGCUUCCAUGCAUGCAUGCUUUGGUUACUUUCUAGCAUGCAAUGUGUCUCUGAACUGCUCCAUGGUUCUGUGAGUGCUGCCCUUCACCACAGAUCACGCCUUCCCUAGUGUUUUUACCCUUGGCAUCUUCAAGGUGUCCAGCUGACCACUUGUGUUGAGAUUUCGUCACUGCCUUGCGCACAGCUAUUGUAACAUACUUGUCGGGGAUACAUCCAGGAUGCAAUAGUGUUUCCACUGCAAAAGAUAUGUGGGGAAAUGUGUCCCCGACCACCUCAGCAAGUAGUUUGAGUGAUCAGAUCGCAAUGCAUCUUGGUGGUCAUUUACAUUUAUCAUUUAGCACUGUUUAUUUCUGAUCUGAUCACCUAAGAUGCAUUUUAAAACAGGUGUACACAGGAACAUUAAUAGAAAUCAUUGUUACAGAAAUGAUCCAUCUUAAACGUGACUUCAAAUGCUUUAUCAUGCUGUUAGAAGCAUCAAAAUGUUUCUAUUUUGAAAUUUCAAACAGGGUGAUGAAUCAGUGAUUAAGUGUUUAAUUGAUACUACUUGACAAUACUCUUGAUUUGAGGUUGAACUGAAACUGAAUAAGCAUGCAGAGUAUUCAAAAACCGUGAAGAUAUUGUAUAAGUGAUGUAUUAUCCCCCCCUGGUGUUUAAAGUCACUACAUAACAUUUUAUGAAUGCUGGGCCCAUCACAAAUGCAAAUCUUUUCCCGCAAUUUAUCUCCUUUUCACUGUGACAGCAGUUUCUGUAGAGAGUUAAAUGUGAUAUAUUUGCCUGGCUUAACGGUACAUUAUUUGUAUGUCAAAUAUUUCAUAACUGCAUCAAAUAUUAUGAGCUAACGACUCAUUAAAGUCACUGUUGCCUGGCUAUAUGGCUGAGAAGAUAAAUAUGUAUAACAGCUAAUUGUUGUUUAUAUAUUUGCACAAAGAUUAAGUUGGAGAGUUUACUGUGAAGAAAAAACAGACUUCUACAUCCCUAUAAAAACAACCACUUAUAUUUAUAUAUAUUUAAUAAGUGGUAGUUCGAAUACAAUGAUAUGCAUCUUUUCGUCAUCUUGUACUUGCUUGACCCAUAAAGUCAGGCUUUGUCCUUAAAAUGUCCUUUUUAAUCUCCAUGUAAUAGUUUUUGUUAUUCUCAAGACUGACAUACACCUAAUGUGACCAUCCACAGUAGGAGCGUUGACUGAAAUGCCUUAACACAUGACCAGCCAUAAAUAAAGGAAUUUGCCUAUACCGAGAAACGUUAAAACUGAAAUUCAUCUUGGGGAAUGUAGACAACAUCAGCAUUGCCUCCCAUGAGAAAAUGCUCAAUUUGUCAGCCUUGGUACAUGUUUCGUUAUUUUCGUUUUAGUUAUCCAGGUAGUGCAGCUACAGUGGAUUAAAUGAUUUAAAAAAUAUAAAUCUUUUAAUGUUGUACUGGAGAGCAGUACAUUUGUUCACAAAACAUACAUAUGUAUUGAUUGUUACAUUUUUUUUCAUUAGUUGAGAAGGCUAACAAACAUUUGUUAAUUAAAAAAAAUAAAAAAAUAAAACAAUUAAUUAAAAAAACCAAUGCAUUUAUUGUGAUUGACUGUUUUUUUAUGGUUGAGAUUCAAUCAAAGACCUGUUUAUUCAGACAAAAUAUAAUAAUGAAAAAAGGAAAAAGUUAUAAUGAAUUAGUAAUUUCCACAGGGCUUUGGGGUGGUGCGGACAGCAAUGUAGCUAUGCUUGCAUGACUAGAUUAGAAUUUUUUUGCUAUUUAUUUCAAUAAAGUUUUGAUGUAUUUAUGUACAUAGUGUGUCGCAAGAGAAGCUGAACUGCUUAUGCUAUUUAUUUUAAAGUCUGCUGGGAAACAUUCUGUUGCUUUUUUUAAGUUGUAUAGUAGGUAUUUUGUCUCUCCAAAGUCAGCAUAAAAACAUAAAAAUUUUAAUUAUGUAGCACAAAAUUUGUUAAUUUUCCUGUUUUUAAUAAUUUACUGUAAUGGCAAGUUCUACCGAUGCAGAAAUGCACAGCAUUGCAUGUGCAUGUGCCUGAAUAGACCAAACUGGGGUGUCUGAUUUGUUUUAAUUUAUACUGUAUAUUAUUGUAUAAAAAUUAUUGUUGUUGUUUCUCCUUUUCUCUUUCUCUUGUCUCUUCUUGCCCAUUCUUUAGGAGUGUGUAUGUCUUAUCCUAGUCAAUGCUUACAUGUAAAAUAAAAGUCUUUUGAAAGUGU